AUGCUAAGCAGAAACAUAGGUAUAUCGACGCUUACUAAAAGAAUAAAUAUUGCCAGAGGAAUUGGCAGCUUACGGGUGUACACCAGGCUCAACAGCUCGAUGUCUUCUCAAGUACCUCCUCAGAAACGUCCCGUCACUGUGGAUAGAGAAUUUCCAGAUCCUUUCAAAGCCAAGAAGCAAAAUAGAAUAUACUUUUUAGCAUACGGGUUAGGGGUAACGUUGGCAUGUGUCGUCAUCUUCAACUACGAAAAGACAUCGUCUCCAAUCAUUAAUUCGGUCAUGUACUUUUUAAGAAGAUCGCAAAAUGCCAAGCAACUGUUGGGUGACAACAUCAACUUCAAGCAGUCGUGGCCAUGGAUAUGGGGGACCUUAAAUACUGUCAGAGGUGAUAUUGACAUCGAAUUUUCUGUUCAAGGGUCCCAGAACUCGGGAAUAUUGAAAUUAAAGGCUACUCGUGAAUCAAAGUUACAUCCCUUCCACAUCCACCAUUGGGUUUUGCAAAUAAAUGACGCCCAGAAAACCCAAGUCAAUCUCCUUGAAGAUACGUCUGUUGACUUCGGUCUUUAA